GAAACUGCUAUGGGUGUGUCGAGAAAGACCCAGGAUAAAUCUGGUUAUGAAUAUGCACUGGCCGUUAUGAAAAUGUGUGACAUUCUUCACCUGCGACAUCGCAGCCUCUUUCUGCGCAGUGAAUUCCUAUUUUCCCUUACCAAAUAUUAUCGUGAACAAGGACGACUUUUGGAUAUCAUUCAUGGUCUGACAAAGAAAGUAAUUAAAUAUAAGAAGGAAGCCUUUAAGAGAGGUACUCGUGGCUCAUUGGCCAAAUAUGAAUGGACUGAAAAUGGUGAAUUGAUAACAGAAAGUUUAAAUGCAAAUGGCAAUAUUACCAGCCCUGAAGAUAAAAACGAAAAAGUUACCACCGUAGAAGGCCUUUCAUUUGGCCAGGCCGAAGGAUUGAAGGAUGACCUCGAUGUGGAUGAUAAUAAUGUGGGUGAAAAGAAACGUUUGGCAUUUUUGGAUUUACUUUUGGAAAGUGCCCAGAAUGGUGCCACAAUAACGGAUACUGAAAUUAAGGAACAAGUUGAUACCAUCAUGUUUGAGGGUCACGAUACAACGGCUGCGGGUUCAUCAUUUUUCCUCUCCUUAAUGGGUAUACAUCAGGGUAUACAGGAUCGUGUUAUUGAGGAGUUGGAUGAAAUUUUCCAAGGUUCCGAUAGAAAUUGUACCUUCCAAGAUACAUUGGAAAUGAAAUAUUUGGAAAGAUGUCUUAUGGAAACACUGAGAAUGUAUCCGCCAGUACCGUUAAUUGCCAGAGAAUUACAGGAAGAUUUGAAAUUGGCCUCCAAUGGUUAUGUUAUACCAAGAGGUGCCACCAUUACAGUGGCCACCAUUAAAUUACAUCGUAAUCCUUUGGUCUACAAGAAUCCGAAUAUCUUUGAUCCAGAUAACUUUUUGCCCGAACGUCAAGCCAAUCGUCAUUAUUAUGCCUUUGUACCAUUCUCAGCUGGACCAAGAAGUUGUGUGGGUCGCAAAUAUGCCAUGUUAAAAUUGAAAAUUUUACUUUCCACCAUCCUACGAAACUAUCGUGUCCAUUCCGAUUUAACUGAAGAAGAUUUCCGGUUGCAAGCUGAUAUCAUAUUGAAACGUGAAGAGGGAUUCCGUGUUCGUUUGGAACCACGCAAGCCUCAUGCCUUCAAAAAAUCCACCCAGACUAAUAGCACAACACAAGCAACAGCAGCAGCGACAUCAGCAGCUAUUUAG